AGAGGAGUGAUCGAGUUUUUGCGAAAGAGAAUCUCGAAGAGAAUAACCUUUCUUAAAUUCAAAUAAAUUGGUUUAGUGGGUGAAAGUUAUGCACAAUGACCAAUAGUGUUGAAUUGGUUUUGUUUUAUGGUCCUCCGUUUAUUGUAAGCAUCUUUUAUUAAAGUAAUUUAUGCUACAUUAAUUUAUUGAUUUUUAUUAUAUAGUAGAGAGUGAGAAACUGAAAAAUACACAGUGAGAUAUUUUCCAUAUCUUCACUAGUGAAGAUAUCGAUCACGUGACUUUUUCCAAUUUGCUUUUGAGCGUGAAAUUUCACAAUUCUUUACUUAGGACUUUAUAAUAAACAGAACAUUACACGGUGGCUUGAAUAUACAUGACUUUUAUCUUCUCAUAAAAUAUUGUUUUCACCACUCGAAGAUAAAAAUCAUAUCUUCGUGCUGCCAUGUAAUAUCCUCUAUAUAUCUUUGUUUUUUAUAUAUCUAUAUACUUUUAAAACUACAGUACUUACUUGCAAUAAAUGUAUAAAUCUUAAUUCAAAAUCUACAGGGGAAAACCUUGCACUACUUCAACCAUUAUUCAAAGACCCAUACCCGAAUAUCAGCCUCUGAAAUCUUUAAAGAAGACAAAUGUUCAAAUUUGAGGCUGGUCAUUCUGAAAGUCAUUGGAUUACUUAACGAGGUAAAACAAAAUACAGAAUAGCAUAUGAUAUAUGUAGUUACUUUCUGCAAAGAUUUGGUAUAAUUUAACCAUUUCCUUAUCUUGAAAAUAUUAUGAAUUCUGGCAGGGUAAGAAUGUUGUGAUUGAUGAUGAAAACUGGUAUAUUGCAACAAGACAAUCUUACAUAAGUCUUGUGAAGAAAAAGGUAAAAUGAUCUGACUAUCUGAAAGAUAUGUUUCUACAUUUUGAGCAAAGUUCCUUCAUCAGGAAGCUAGUGGCAUCAAUGGAAAAGUGCUCAACUUUUAAUUAGGUAUCUGACACUCAAGUUGAGGCUUUUAAAAACAAUCCUACAGACCCUUCAACUUCCCAGUGAUAUUUUAAGCCCAGCUGAUAUACCAUCUAAUAGCCUUAUUUUCUGUGAGAUGUGUACAAAGUUUUAAAUUAAACUAGGACUUUUCUAAAUUCUCUAAUGUGUACUAGGAACAAAUUCGAGUGAGAGACGUCCAGUUAGGUUUCAUCUCUUAAUUCCUGUCCAUGCAUUCUGCAUCUAAACCUUAUUGCUUUAACACAUUAAACUGGGAUGUGCUCAAAUGCCCCUGAUUAUAUUAUUUUACUCUGUCUGUCACCAAACAAUUUUACCCAUGGAGAGGAGACCUUUCUUGCAUUAAUGGUUAAAAUGUUUAGGAUAUUCUAUAUUAUAUAUAUACUUUACAGUUCCGCAUUCAUUUCCUCUGGGCUUUUUUUCCUUGAUUUUAGAGUAAUUCUUGAGUUUUGCUUUGUGUUCCUAGGUCCCCAUUUGCACCUUUACAAUCGUUCAGUUCUUAACAGACAUUACUUCAGGAUAUCAACAAUGUCUUUGGGCCAGAGAGUGGGCCCUUGUUGAACAAACUUUACUGGAAAAUAAAGAUUAUAACUCCACUUUGCUGACUGAAUCUGUUGAAAAACUUGAUUGUUGGUUUGCAAGAAAAAGAAGUGAAUUAAAUCCACCAGGUUUAUUUAACACAAAUUUUACGUUUUUGUAAUAUAUACAUUACAGUAUAUGAUACUAAAAUACUGUAAUUAUUCAAUAUGUUACUCCACCAUUCAGUGGCGUGCUGGCAGGGGGGGCCGGGGGGCCACGGCCCCCCCAGCUGGCAAUUUUUGGGGGGCGCGAAAAUGAAAAGGGGGCGCCGUUCCCGCGCCGAAUUUUGAAAGUAGGUGGGAAGAAACGCAUUUGAAAAAAUAUAGUUACUAAUUCCGCCAAGGAAAGAUGUGUUUAUAGACUUAUAAACAGACUAAUCACAUAGGCGACAAAGUGAGUAUAUUAAAUUGCAGACUAUUUUGUCUAACCGUAUUUGCUACCUCGCAACUCACACGAAAUCACUCGUUCAUAUAGAAACAUGAUCAGUGAUCACACGCAAUGUCUCAUUACCAGAAUAUUGACCAGACUUCGAAGCGAUCACGGGAAUUAUGCCCUUUUUUGCUGGUAUUAUAACCCUUAUAUUAUGCCCUUUAUUAUGCUUCACGAAUCACGAGAGCGGCGCAAAUUAGAUAGUUGAAGUUAUGAUAAUGUAAAGUUGUGUACGCAAUUUAGUUGUUUGCGCAAGAAACAUUAUGAGUAAUGUAAGUAAUGAGAUAAUGAUGAAACACGCCCUUUUGGCAGCCAGGCAAGGAAACCUUAAAAUGCAUAUGCGUGGGGUUCGUGUGUUAUUGUAUAAAAUAGCUGUAAAUUGUAAAUGUAUUCAGAUCAGUAGAGAAUAGAAUUGGAAUUAGAUUAAUUGCUGGAAGUAGUUAGCAUUGCCCAAUUUAAGUGCUACUACUAAAUUCUAACCAAUUUUCAAAUUUCGACACGUUGUAAUGCCGUUUCCUGACCAUCAGAUUUCUGUCAAAUCUUACCCCAAAGUCCAGGAAAUUGCAUUUCAGAGACUCUAAAUUCAAAAAUUUUCCUGGGGGGCAUGCCCCCGGACCCCCCUAGACAAACCUCGCACCUGCGUCGCUCGGCUCGUGCCUUCGGCCAUCGUUUAACAAGGGUAAUAUUAUAGGGGCGCAUAUUAGUUGCCAGCCGACUGGCCUCCCCAGAAAAAUAGUACCCAGCACGCCACUGCCACCAUUCAUAUUAAUUAAGCCAGUGAGUGGAAGUCAAAUUUGUCUAUUUUAGAACUAAAGAUGUUGGGAACAUUUUAUGUCUUUUAGAACUUCCUGCAACUGCCGAAGGCUUUUCAAUUGUGACAGUUAAUCCGCAGCUGAUAUGUGGAACAUCUUAUAAAGUAUAUUAUUUUGUAUUUUCUUACUAAUUUUUUCUCAUAUUAAACUUCCUGUGGUAAUGUGAUAAUCAGGCCUCAAAAUAAGUGCCGGUCACCGGUCACUGACCGGUAAACUUUCACAGUUUGACCGGGAAAUAUCGUUGCCUGGCGGACAUGCGUGACCGGUAAAUUUCUUAAUAAAAAAGUACGUUCAAAAAUGGAGCAGAUUUUUUAUUUCCAAUUUUCCAAAGAAGUGUCCGUCUAGGAUGCAGGCUAAUAAGGCGAAGUGACGCAUUUUGUCAUUUUGUUUUCCGGGAGUUACGCGUUUUUCACACGUGCGACGGAAAAGUUUAAAUCUUUUAAAAUUUCAUACAAGUGCAAAUAAUCAGAACAAAUACACAUUAAAUCAUACACAAAAUUGAAUGCUGUCCUUUCAUAAAUUUACUUAUUUCAUAAGUAUAGGAUAUAAAGCGAUUUCAACUUUUGAAAAACGCGUAACUGGAAUGCAGCCUUAAAGCGUGCUCACAACUUAGCUAAACUACAGUUUGCCAUUUGCGACUUAUUAAUAUAUUAAUUUGCUAGUAAACAAUGUUAAUGUUAUUAGUAAUGAUUACUAGACCUACUACAGCUUUGAUAAACGCCGUACUUCUACUUUGUAUACAAAUACAGUAAAAUACACGAUUGUUUCUAAAGUUACGAGUCACGGCGAAAGAUGAGGGGGAAAAGACGCUAAGGAGUGACAAUGACCGGCAUAAAUUCCGCUGUGACCGGUAAAUUUAGUGAUCCACCAGUCAUAAUGACCGAUAUAACGUCCAGAUUUAUUUCGAGGCCUGGUGAUAAUUAGUUUUUUUUACCUCGGCAAUGUUAGGAAUGCGAAAUUAUAUGUUUCAAAUGUAUUCUUGUCGAAUUUAAACAAAUCUGCAUGCUGUUAAUUAUUGAGUACGCAUUAAGUGCCAUAUUUCACGUAAUAUUAGUUUUUUAUAUAUGUCUGCCAGUUUCAAUUUAGUCAUUUGUCUGUGUUUUCAAGUUUAAUCUCCCAGCACUGUUCAUACAAUGGCAGUCAAUAUUGACUGACGCGCAAAAUGAAAAUCUCAAUUGCAAAUCAACAGCACCAGAUGUGCUCAACAAGUGGUUGGAAAAGAAUCCUUCAGGAAGAAUCCUUAUAAUUGGACCAAAGACAAAAAAUGAUAAAGGUGUGUGUUGGUUGUUUGUUAGGGCAAUCUUACACCACAUUAAGGCACAAUCUGUAGUGAGUCACCGAUAAUAGGUAUCAGCGUCGGCCCAAAUUUUCCCUUAUCGGAAUCGGUAGAAUUAUCUUUAUUUCCGAUGUCUAAAACCGAUUGUUGAGAAAAUACACAUUUUAAAAAUUAUAUGCAUUGCACGUUGAUACACGUUGCGUUUUAACACAAUAUGUUAAAUUAAUGCGUGAAGCGUGCCAUUUAUUAACGGUUUUAACAAUCUUUGGUUGCAGUGACAUGUUACGUUGGAAAUUAUUGUUAAAAAAUCGACAUGAAUAAUGUCACCUUUAAUUACUCGGUCGACUGAUAUUAUGACGUCAUUAUACAAUCGGCAUCUGUCAGAUUGCGGCAUGAAUAAUCUGUAAUUUCUGAUUGUUGCACAAUCUAUCAAUCACUAAUGCAACCUCGUACCCAGGCUAUUUUCUCUUAUGCUCGACUGGGUACGAAGAUGUUACUAAUGUCACAAUAACUGUGCGACUAAUGCGCGCUUCCUGAAAGUACGUCAUUUUUCGUCAUUUUGGCUACAGAGCCUCGUUUUCAUUAUUGAAAUGUUGGGCUUUAUCCAACGUCACAUACACGAAAGCGAGGCUUUAUGGCCAAAGUGAUAUAAUUUUACUUUCUGGACGGGUGUAUUGUUCAAUAUGUAGAGUAACAUCCUUAUUCUCUGGAUAAGCAAGUCUAGCUUGAUGCAGAUUUAUGUUUACAAUGAAUUAUGCAGUUCUCCCUAUGUUAAGAUAUUGCUUAAAGUAAUAAAAAUAUGAUUUUGCUUAUACUAGAUAUUAUUGAAGAACAAACAAAGACGUUGUUACUGCUUUUAUCUUCACAGGUUUGACCCAAAAUUUAUUUUUGCAUUUGUUUUCGCAGGUUUCACCCGCAAUUUAUUUUACGGGCAUAGCAUUUGGUUAAAAUUUAAAUUUCACUUGUGAUUCAUCUUAAAGAAAACGUCAUUAUUUUUAAAUAACCGUAAAACAUGAAUUAUACUUGGUGUAAAGUUGUAAACACUCAGGGGGAGGCGAUUAGUAUGGACUACCUUUUGGCUUUUGCUUUCGUGACCCGAAAUCUUGGGGUUUUUUGCCUUAAAUUUCAUGCCCUAUAUGACAAUGACAUACAGGUACAGCUUUGUUAUACAGAUAUAUCAUUCAAGCAAUUUGACUUUCAAAAAUUAUUCCUGGGGAGUUCCCCUUUCCUGGCCGCCACUAAUGUCCGUUACUGUAAACAAUGAACUCAAAGUUUUUGUAAAUCCACACGAUUUUGUAUUAGAAAUUCAAACUCAUUGACGGUUCUGAUGAUGACAUACAUGCAUGUGUAUAGGUAAUCAUAAUUAAUUGUUGUUUUUAUAUGCUAGUUGACAUGUCCAUUGUACUUCACGUUUAUUGAUGAAAAACAUCAAUUGGAUCACUACAGUCAAUUACCUCAACCUGGUGUGUUGGCCUUUUUGCAGAAAUUACACAGAGUUAAUCUCUAUCACAAGGUUAGCUUUCGAAAUACAUGCAAAUGUGUACUUGUGCACAGUUUUUAAGCGGAACAGAAUAUUGUACUUUAUGAAUUACAUUACAUUACAAACAUUUGUAUAAUGUCUCUUUACGAUUAACAUUCUGCAGAAUACAAUAAUUUACUCACUAAAGAUCCUAAUUAACAUUUAUAUUUCAUUUCCCUUCAGGGAACAAUUUAUAUGUAUUCAAGCGAUGAACAUUACCGAGCGGCGAGUUCGGUUGGAAUUAGGACAAUCAAGGUACAAAAUUUUGACACCUACUCCUUUUCCAUACCUCAAUCAGUCAAUACUGAGACUGUGCGUUAAUGUUACUGUCACGUUUUCAUGCCAUAAACGAUAUUUUUAUAGAGGAUAUUAUACGGCGGCGCGAAAACAACAACAACAACAACAGCAGCAACAACAACAACAACAACAACAACAACAACAACAACAACAACAACAACACCUUUAUUUUUACACUCCUUAAUUACAAUAAUAAAUAUUUACAGAGGUAAUAUAUAUAUAUAUAUAUAUAUAUAUAUAUAUAUAUAUAUAUAUAUAUAUAUAUAUAUAUAUAUAUAUAUAUAUAUAUAUAUAUAUAUAUAUAACAUUCGUAUUUAAAUAUAUAACAUAUAUAUAUAUAUAUAUAUAUAUAUAUACGAGUAGGUUUGUGUAUACGAAACGCAAAGAGUGCUCAAUAUCAUAAAGAUAGAGCAAAUGUAGAAUUUCGCUUACCUCAAAAUUCCGCAACAGUCUGUUUCAUCAGUAAAGAAUCAUCAGGCGGUAUGAUGGUACCGCCUGAUGAUUCUUUACUGAUGAAACAGACUGUGGCGGAAUUUUGAGGUAAGCGAAAUUAUAUAUAUAUAUAUAUAUAUAUAUAUAUAUAUAUAUAUAUAUAUAUAUAUAUAUAUAUAUAUAUAUAUAUAUAUAUAUUUAUAUAUUAUAUAUAUAUAUAAUAUAUAUAUAUAUAUAUAUAUUUUUUUUGAGAACAAUGUCUCCUGAUGAUCGCAGUGAUGCGUGAAACUCGGAGUAGAGACAAAAAAACGAAAUGGUUUUCUUUCCAAUAUUUGUUUUUACAAGUGGUUUAUAAAAGUUUUGGUUUUGCAAGAAUGCACAUCAGUUACAAAUCUAAACCAGUUGUCAAAACUAGAUGGCAACUGGUUUGUAUGCCAUAAUUGAGCAAAUUGAAGAGCAUGAAGUUUGAAUGCAUUAUCAACUGACAAAAAGUUUAGCAGAUUCAGUAAUGGCAGAGCACUUUCAGUGUUCUUACCAUAUACUUUGGCAAAAAACAUUAGCCUAACUAUUCUAUUUUGUUUUGUUUGUAGUUUAUUAAGAUGUGAAUAAUAUGUAUUACCCCAUGCUAAAAUUGCAUAGGAUAUAUAACUUUAUGGGAUAUGACUUUUAGGAUAUGUAAAAUAUUGUUUUUAACACGAGAAGAUAAAAGUCAUAUAUCUUCAAGCCACCGUGUAAUGUUCUGUUUAUUAUAUAGUCCCAAGCAAAAAAUUGUAUAAAUACUAAAAGUUACGUGAUCGAUAUCUGUACUAGUCAAGAUAUGGAAAAUAUCUCACUGUGUAUUUUCAGUAUCUCACUCUCUACUAUAUAAUAAAGUACAUUAAGUUUUCUCUAUCUUAUAUUUUAGGCGGCAAAAUUAUUUGAUCAUCCUCACCUGGUGAGCUCAAGUAAAUUUGUGUUAUAUUGCAUUGCAUUGUAUUGUGUUUUAUCGUAUUGAAUUAUAUGUAAGAUGCCGUCUCACAAACACUUUCGUUCGUCCUACAGAUCGAUUCAGUCUACUGCGGGGAAACAAUGUCAACAUUGUCAUUUCUGCAAAACAUGCUACAAGUCACCUGCAGUACGUCAUGUAAGGAAACACGAGAGUCUGUAGAUGAAAUCCCGUUCUUCUCUCGUGCACGAAAGAGUUCAACACCGCUUGUGUGGAAAUAUUGUCAUGGGAAGGUGACAGGUGUCUGUUUUAAAGACAAGUUGGCUUUGGAAAGGUGAGUACCGGAAAGGCCAGAUGGAGACUUUUUAUUCGGAAGGCGACACUAAUUUUGCGGGUUAUUCGCGUCACAAGGAAUCCCCCAACUUUUUUAGUUUUAUACGGAGAGUUUUUUAGUGAUUGACUCUUAUCGGUUUAUCGCUAUACGAAAUACCACUCCUAUAUUAGUCACCUUUCUUUUAAAAGGAUGAAGCUUUAGUUAUUUAUACCAUUCAGAAAAUUACGGCCACAUAACUUUUAGAUUUAGCUGCCUGCUGGACAUUGUCGGGGAGCUAUUUUCGGGUGGUUGAAGAACGGUAUAAGAUUUCAAAACAUAUUCUCAAAAAUCUCCGCAUACUUUAGCAAUAAUUAUUCACUGCCAGUUUUAUGACUCUGUAAUAAAAAAUGGUGGACUACUUGAUUUCGUGGGGAGCACUAGUUUCGAGAGGGGGUGUUGCUUAAAGAAUUAACGGUAAUUAAAUGUAGAAACUUGACAGGCUCGUAAUAAUUAUUUAAAUUUUUUGCAGAUAUCAAACACAUUACAAGCUAGCUGCACGAACCGCAAAACCUCCCGGUAAGAUUAAACGAGGAACCUCAAGAACUGAAUACGUUUCAUCAACCUUACCCUCGUCUGAAAGAAGUUUACCGUCAUCUGAGCAGUCUCUUCGAGCUUUGGUUGGGAAUAUCAAUCUUCGUGAAGUAGCAGAAACACCUGGUCGUUAUCAUGGAGGAUUUCAGUGCAGAGAUAGUGUCUUUGAUAUGAAUGUUGAAGUGCUGGAACAACGCUUAAAGAUAACUUGCAAAUGUAAGUGGAAGACCCAAACCUCUCUUUACAGAUACCUCUCUAUUACGGACAAUUUUGUUCUUGUAGUGAUUAAAUUCUCAUAUGUUUUUAAGAAACAACCUGUAUAAUAGGAAUACUCUCUAACAAAACUAAAUCUCGGCCCCAGUUAGCAAAUACAUACACAUACACAUACAGUACACAUAAGUUAAAGAGGCUCAAAAUAACGUUCAGCGGUCAAAUUCGUUCGACGUCGAUCCAAGUGACCGGUCACAUUUUGCUUCCUGGAACGAGAUUUAUUUUUCAGAUGUAUUGUGGACUCGUUAAAUAUAAUGUUAAUUUGUAAGGGUUUUCUUGGCUUGAAUCGGAAUGAUUCCGCUCUGAUUGCUCUCUCGAAGAUGAAGAGACAAUUGUUUUUCGAGGACACAAAUUGAACCUAACUGUCACCGUGAUCGGCCAAUCAUGAAACGUUAUUUUGUGUCUUGCUGCCUCUCUAAUUUAUCCUAGGGCUAUUUUGGGGCUUUUUGCAUUUACAGUGUUAGACCCCCGCGGUCUCGCCAUUGGCUGUAAUCGACUGAAAUUUUGUAGGCACUGGCUCAAGUAGGCAGCCAUACGAUGUUCAAGUGAUGUUGAGUGACUCAUCGGGUAAGUCUAUUGUAGGGAAAAAAAUAAGAUGGGUAUAUUCAUUGAGAAGCUAUACUCUCUUAUGGAACACGCCCAUUGUUUCUUUUUAGAUAAAUAACUUUUAUAAGCCCUCUCUAAGCUUUACCAAAAUAAUAAUAAUAAUAAUAAUAAUAAUAAUAAUAAUAAUGAUGAUGAUGAUAAUAAUAAUAAUAAUGGAAACUUUAUUUAUUGAUUAUUAGGAUAUAUACAACUACAAUGAUAAACCUCGCUUUACAGGUAGUUUAUCAAUGUCUACUUGAAUUGAUACUAUAUAUUUAUUGUACAAUAAUUAUUUUAAGAAGGAUUAUAUUAACAUUAAUUUUGGGUUAUCCCACACCUUGUUUCGUUUACAAAUUACAUAAUAUGAUGUUCGUAUGCAUAUGUUCACGAUUUGCUUUUUUAUGUAUUUACUAUACUUGGCAUCACAUUUAAGGCUACUUAGCAUGCCAUCGAAAUUUUCAGAAGAUCGGCCAAAAACUCCGAGGGUACUCAAGGAUAAAUUGACGAACUUGACUUUAUCAUAAUCUGCUUCCUGCUCAAUGACAUUGAUUAGAUCACGGUACUUUUGACGCUUACGAUUGGCGUUAACUAGCAGAUUGGAUUCAUAACCGACUGUAAGCUCGAGGAUGUAUAGACAUCUGUUUUCAGUCACCAGCAGAAGGUCAUGCAGGUCGUAAACGAUCUCCCGUGAUAACAGAUGGAUUCAUAAAACCAGGAAUGUCCGCGUAAAGUGUGGAAUUUUUCACAGCAGUAAGAGUGGAUGCGAGGAAAUUUAAAACAGAAUCGUGUCGCCAUGUAAACCGGCCUUCGUCUAAAUAUGUCUUACAUCCAGCAACCACAUGGAGCAGCGUUUCAGGUGAGGAGCAGAAAGAGCAAUCGGAUGUUGAUGAUAGUCCCCAUUUUGAUAGGUUCUUUCGUGUUGGAAGUGUGUUAUUGAUAUAUCGGAUGGUGAAGUUAAAAAUGUUUUUCGGAAGUUUGCUCUGAACGGAUGAUCAUAAAGAGUUGGAUGUGGAUGUGGAAUGAUUCAUGAUACUGGAAAAGAAAGAACCUUGCGAAAUGAGGUGGUUUUGAAGUCUUUGUUCGUUUUCUUUUCUAACUGCCUUAAGUACGUCUUUUGUGUCUUUGUAAAUGUCAUACUGUAUGUUCUUGUUCGUGCUCGUCACCGCCCAUAGAUUGUUAAUAUCUACGUUUGGUGAGUAUUUUAAAGCUGAUCGAGAGACAGUUUGACAUUGGAUAAAUUUUGUCGAAGGGAGAAUAAUAUUCAGACCAAAUUUGUUUUGUGGAAGCAACACGUUGCUAAGGGUUGCAGAGACAGGAAGUUCCAGCCAUUAUAAUAAUAAUAAUAAUAAUACUAAUAAUAAUAAUAACAUUUAUAUAACGCCUAUACCAAAAUGUUCUAAACGACCCCAUCUCUCAAAUAUACAUGAAGUAAAUAAGCCCGCGGUACCUGACUAUGUUUGAGGACUUAAACAUAUUCCUCAAAUUAUUUCUCUGUAGGAUUACUUGAAGCCCACUGUUCGUGCCCAGAUGUUGCUGGUAAGACCGGCAGAUGUAAACAUGUGAUAGGCUUGCUCCUUAACUAUAAAAAUCACCAGACACCGAGUGCGGUAAGUGUUUUUGUUCUUAUUUCUUUCUCAGUGAAUUUCCACAAAACGGG